AUGUCUGCAAUUGUAACAACCGUCUUAAAGGGUACCCUCGGAUUUCUCAUAAAGAAAGGCCGAAAAGUAGCUGUGGAGAGGCUGAAGGACAGCGACGUUACAAACGAAAAAUUGAAGAACUGGAUCGUGGAUGAAAUCGAUAGUAUAAAUUCGAAGCUUGAUGCAAUGGCGAAGAAAGAUCUCGGAGCAAGUAUUUCCUUUUUCAAGGAAGGACUAGUUUUCCUUAAUAAUGCAAUGGAAACGAUAACUUGUGGCCUAGGAAGUUUAAAUGCAAGUCCUGUACAAGUGGGAAAAGUUAAAAAUGUGAAAGAAGAAGACUUCGAAGAGAGCAAUGAAAAAGCAAAUCCUGAAGCAUCAAAACAGGAGGCGUCCUGGCCCAAGUUGUUUUGGUCGAUUGCUUCUCAAGUAACAGGCUUCUGGGACCACGGUACAGAGGAUGAUAAAGGGUCGGAAGCUGCUCCUCAAAUGACAGGGGAACCGAAAAGGUCCUCUGGUGCUGAGGGAAACGAAUUGUCUUUCACAGGGGAACUGAGGAACUUGAAUCUGAACAGUCUGGAUGAAAUCAAAGUAGCAAUCCUUGACGCAAAAAAGAGGUUUGACGAUGCUCGACGAAAAGCGACAGAAGCCUUUAACAAUGAAGUUCUCACACCCAUGGAUCGUAUCCUAGCCAUGGGUGUUCGUCUAAUGGCAACAAUAUUGGAGAAAGUAGAUAACCCAGUCAGUGCCUUAGACGCGUGUAUAUCUGGCCUCAACGAGCUACACUCGAUGCCGUUUGUUACAGAGAAUUUUAGCGUUGAACUUGAAAAAGGCAUCAAGUCAAGAUUCAGCAAGGAUGAACGAAGGCAAAUUGUUUCCUUCGCCUGUCAAGUAAAUCGAACCAUUUACGACUUCGCGUUACUGGUAAGCGCUAAAGAAGUGUUGUCCUUUUGGCCCUGCGUUGAAAUCGCAAAUGAGAGGGUCGAUCCUCUUCGCGACUCAAGAAUAGCAAACAUGCUGCGUAAGCUGGAGAUGGGGGACUUUUGUUUACCUUGGUCAUUUGGUCAGAAGGACGAACUAGAACAUCAAAGGCUUGCCUCAGCGACUAGUAUAGCAACCAAUACUCUUGGACAGUUCCUUGUUGUCGACCUUAGCGAGAACUGUGCGAAAAUGUUCGACGCUUCCGGCAAAUUUUUGAAAACUUUCUGUCCUUUUACGCAUACUGAAUCUACAUUUAGCACAAUUCAAGCUGUAGCUACUGACCAAGAUGACAACAUUUACGUGCUGGAGGGUAAAAUAUCUGAUGGUAAAGCUAAGGUUUGCCUGCACGUGUUGAAUAAUUUAGCUCAGUUCCUAAAUGAUUUAAAAGUUGGCAUCGAUUUAGAAGCUAGGACGGUGAAAGUAACAGCCAGUCGCCUCGUUCUUGUACUGGUACGCACGUUUCGUCUUUCGCGUGAGGUGGACGGGUCUUCCACAAUUGAAAACGAUUAUGUGGUUUUGAAAGAUACCAAAGGAAAGCGUAUCGGUUACCUUUCCUCGCGAAUGUUUCGACCAUUAAAAGAUAUCACAGCUGCUGAUGACCUUAUUAUGAUCUUGGAUGACAGUUCCUAUGUCACUGUAUUCAGAGAGGCAAAUGUUAGUGAGGAGGAUUGUCCCGUUUCACCAUUCCUCAAGGCGUUUCCAGUCCGUGGAGAUGCGUGUGCUAUUACGUUUCAUCCAAGAAGCAAACACGUGAUCAUUGUCUCACAGAUCGAAGAGCAACGCUGGCAAUUGCUAUUUUACAGUAAAGAAGGCAAAUUUGAACGUAGCAUUGACCUUGACGUGGAGCAAGACUACGAAAUAACUGGGGCUGCAGUGACCACAGAUGGACGCAUUUGUAUAGCAGCUUCAAAUUUCAGGGAAAACAGGGGGAAGGUGCUUGUAGUGUAA